CACAAUCAUAAUCUCAUUUCCUUGUGAGCGUACUCUUUGGCCCCAUGGCUUUUUCUCUCUCUUCCACCCCAAAACUUCCAUGUUCAAGGCCAAACAACAUCUCAAUCUUCCAACUUAACAACUCAAACAGUACUCACACCCAAAGCCAGAGUGUAGUCACCAAGUGUGAUCUAAAAGAGUCAUCAUCAGAUGCUGGAGUUGGUGCAAAAGGGUCAAGAAGACUUGAAAUUGGGUCUCCCAUUAUUGUUGUUGAGGCUCCCAAAACGUUGAAGACAGCAGCUUCUGUUCCAUGUCUCAGGGCUAAUUCUGGCUUAGUUAAUCCUGGUGAUGUUGGAAGGAUUGUGUCAAGGAAGCCCAAGGAUGUCUGGGCAGUUCGUCUUACUAUAGGUACUUAUCUCUUAGAUGGGAAGUAUUUCAAACCCUUGGAGCUCGAUGAGUGAUCAAAUUACUUAAUAAAUAUGAAGUUGAUUGUAUUUUUCUUCUUCUUUUUUUAUUUUUAUUUUUAUGUCAAGCGCUAUUUCGAUAUCAGAUUUAUUUUCCGAAUUACUGUUGUUUUUUGAAAGUAUUGUUUAAAUCCACUCUUUCAAUUAAAAACCUUGACACUCUUUAGUUUAAAUCACACUUGCAUCUUUUGAUUGCGAUCAUACUAAU